AUGCCUUCAAAGAUCUACCGUUCUUCCUAUCCGCCAAUUGAACCCAUCAAUUCCGAUUUACUGACCUACCUCUUCUCGAACCCUAAGCGAACACCGGACGACAAACCGAUCUACAUCGAUGCGAACACAUCGGCCACCCGGACCUAUGGCGAGAUCAAGCGAAGGACUCGAUCAUUAGCUCACGGGCUGCGUGAGCUGGGAGUCAAGCCUCGCGAUGUCGUGGCCUUCAUGAGUCCAAAUAGCAUCGACUAUCCCAUCACCUGUUAUGCCAUCCUGGGCUGUGCCGCCACCGUGUCCCCCGUUAGCGCUGCACACACGUCUAUGGAAUUGCAAGGCCAGCUCGAAACGAAUGAAGCCAAGUAUCUUAUCGUCCAUUCCUCCCUUCUGGACAUUGCGGACAAGGCAGUCAAACGGAACUCCAAUGUCCGCGUCAUCCAGGCGGACGGCGAUCGCGAUAUGCGUGGCAAUCCUACUGCAGAAUCACUGGCCAGCUCAUGCCCACCUGCACCGCUGGUAAGUAUCGAGCCCGACGAAGCCGACGAACGGCUGAGCUUCAUGUGCUUCUCGUCGGGCACGACAGGUCGAGCCAAGGGCGUCAUGACCUCGCACAAGAAUAUGGUUUCCAACGCGCAACAAUGGCAGGAGCAUAUGCCUCUGGAAGUUACGGGCAACCUGACGACAGUGACAUUCCUCCCAUUCAGCCACAUCUACGGCCUGACGGCUUACGUCAUCACAAACAUGCUCGUCGGCAACACAGCGGUCAUACUGAGCCGUUUCGAGCCCGUAUUGUUCCUCAGCUGUAUUCAGAAAUAUCGCGCGGAAUCCGUCUGCCUCGUGCCGCCGGUGAUGCUGUUGCUGGCGAAACAUCCGCUGGUCGAAAAGUACGACCUGAGUAGCCUGAAGAGAAUUGUCUGCGCCGCAGCACCCCUGAGUGUAGAACUACGCGAAGCUGUUGAAGCAAGAUUUCAGAAAUUGUACGGCACUACUGUGCUAGGCCUGCAGGCGUGGGGUAUGACCGAGACGAGUCCGAUAGGUUCGGCCAUCCCAGCAGAUCGACUCGACAAACGGCACACUGUCGGCAAUAUCACACCGAGUAUGGAGUUCAGAGUCGUGGAUCCGGUGACGAUGCAGGAUGUUGAGAGCGAAGCUGACGGAUCGUCGAAGCAGGGCGAGCUGUGGUGCCGUGGACCGAAUGUGACAAAGGGGUACUACCGGAAUGAAGAGGCGACGCAGAGCGGGUUUGCAAGUGACGAAGAUGGGAAGCUGUGGUUCCGGACAGGAGAUAUUGGACUGAUUGACAAGGAUGGGUUCAUUAUCAUCGUCGAUAGGAUAAAAGAGAUGAUCAAGUACAAAGGUCUGCAAGUCAUUCCGAGCGAGCUGGAAGGUAAGCUGCUCGAACACCCGGAUGUCGAGGAUGCUUGUGUGGUUGGACGCUGGGUCGAAGAGCAAGCGACUGAACUUCCAGUUGGGUUCAUUGCGGUCACAUCAAAAGCAAAGGCCAAGGAAGAGAAGGUCAUCGUGGACGAGGUCAAUCAGUGGUUGAACGGCAAAGUCGCGAACCACAAGAAGCUCAGAGGUGGGCUGUAUAUUGUUGAAGCUGUCCCCAAGAGUCCAACCGGGAAGAUCCUGAGAAGGCAGUUGAAGGAUGUGCUCAAGGCGAAGAGUGCGAAGGCUGGAUCGAGGCUGUAA